AUGACUGCGGUGACAUCCUCCAGGGCUGGCGUCUCGCCGUCCAGCUCCCCACGACUACCAUCCCCUCCCCCUAUCCCUGAGGUGCAAUUCGGUCCAAAGAGCCCAGGAGUCGGCGAUAUUUCCAAGGAAUUGUCUUUAGACGCUAUUUCGAGACCAGAUGAAGGAGCCACACGACGGAUAAGACCAGGCACAAAAGCUGCUGACAUGGCGAUAGGACCCCCGCUCGUUCCGCUAAGUCAGCUAGAUUCGCCUUUCCAGCUUCAGGAACAUCUGAAAGCUCUUUAUUCACACCUGACGCACACCCCCGGGUCGAUGAACACCAUCCCCAUCUCAAAAGAGACGGCGCUCCAACUGGCCACACCACCCCCGAUCAACGAGACAGAAACCGUGGACAGGAAUCUAUGGCUCUAUGAACUCUGUAGAUUUCUUACACAAAAGGCCAACAUCGUCUCCAUCUUUUUAAUGAACGACAAUCCUCCCUGCUCGAGCGCCACAUGUCCUGAAAUGAGGGCGAGCGAAUGGCAGUAUCUUUGUGCCGUCCACGAACCUCCUAAGUCAUGCUGUGCUAUUGACUACUGCAACCACACACUGGACUGGGCAGCGAAUGUGCUGACAAGUCCCAAACACUUUCCAUCAAGACUGGCGUUGGGCGGAGAAGCAGGAAGCGCCAUCCAAAGUAUGCGGCAACUCACCAACAUCUUCCGCCGCGUGUACCGUAUUUUUGCCCACGCUUGGUUCCAGCAUCGAGACGUGUUCUGGGCAGUCGAGGCAACAUAUGGCCUCUAUAUGCUCUUCAAAGUGGUCUGCGACGAAUACCACCUCAUUCCAGAGGAUAGCUACACUAUCCCUCGGGAAGCAGAAGAUGGCCAGGACUCUAGCGAGGAACAGGAUGUCGGACACGCACCAGACAUCGGACAACGAGUACAAAUCCUCCGUAAAGAUGAUUCGUCGGCAGUUCCUUUGGAGGACGCGGCGGCUUCAUCAUCGGAUACCUCAGAGACAGCCGCAGGAACCACGAUCAGCACUGGAGCAACUGCGCGACGCCACAGGCAUACACCGAGCACCGGCAGCCACGUCGCCACCAUCGCCGAGGGCCACGAAGAAGAUGAAGAAGUGACCAGUGCAAUCGUUGUCCCCAAGCAUUCCUCACAACCGUUCAGCACCGCCGGUGACACAGCCGAGUCGUCGCCGAGAGAGAAAGAUUUCCCGGCCGAGGGCAAACUACCCAGAUUAGACAUCAGUGCUACAGUCCCGCAGUACGAGCCUCGCGACCCUGCAGACCCUACACCAACGGGGAGCCAUGAUGACCUUGAUCCUCUUUCUGCCGCAGACCAGCGGCCAGAAAAGGUUGGAAGCAGCAUAUCGAGCGAACCAGCCCAGCUGCAAACGCCAGUCAUUGAGGAACCGCAACAUGACGAAGACAAGGAGGACGUCGAGGAGGAAGUGACGUCCCCUUCAGGAGGAAGCAUUCGCACGGGAGGCCCCGAUCUUCUGAACGCGAUACUCAGACAUACCAGCGAUGUGAACGACGAGGAUGGACAGCCAAAAAAUGAUCAAGACAAUGAGCAGACAGAACCCCCAAAGCACGAGGGAUCUGAGAGUAGUGAUAUCAAGUUGGAUGUCCAAGAGAAGAGGGAUGAGGAGGAUGGGGACGGGGACACUGUGGCCGAGAAGAGCACUCCGGUGGAGAUGCCAGACACGAAGGAAGACGAGCAUUGA